GUAAUCUGGAUAUAUACAAAGGGUGUAUUAUAAAAAUUUAUACUUUAUAUUGUGUUUUGCGUAUAAUAUUGUAAAAAAUGAGGCUCUGCAUAUUAGUCGUAUUAAUUGUUGCAUUAAACGUAAUUUUAAUCGAAGGUAGCGACAAAGAAUCUAAAGCUAAUCCGCCAGUUUUAUCUUCGGAUUAUCUUGUUAAUAAAGCUGGUAGUAAAUUAGUGAAUAAAGCUAAUGCUAAAAUUUUGAAAAAAUCUGGUAUAAGUAUGGUAGAGUAUAAGCCUUCGAAAGAACAAUGCCUGAAAACUUGUGAAUUUGUUCCGGAGAAGAAGAAGAAAAAAUGUACAAAAUAUUGUGAUACCUAUGAUGUUAUAACUGCAGGUAAUGGCAAAGGAAGUCUUAAAAACGGUGAUAAAAAGAGCGGCAAAAAGGGCGGGAAAAUGAGUGACCAUGAGAGUGACAUACACCUUGAUAAAGAAAAUGACAGUAGGACGGAAACGUAACGUCCUAAAACGCUAAUAAGGUAUAUAUAUAUAUUUU